AUGUUCUUGUCGUUUUGGUUGUUGGGUACGGCAGUGACGCCUGCGAUCGCACUUGCGGGGAACGGCGAAGACUCGUACUUCAAUGGACAGGGCACGUCGUACACUCUUGGACGAGUCUCGGGUGGCGAUUGCAACUUCAUGUACGACUUCGACGUGGGCGACAACUACGCUGCACUGAACAAUGAACAAUGGGAGUCGAACCUCAACUGCGGUCGAUGUGCUGAAGUCUCGUGCGACGACGCUCAAUGCCGUCGAGACGCGACGCGCUCGGCUCUUGUGUACAUUGUGGACAAGUGCUCUGAUUGCGGUCAUGGCGACUUGUACUUGUCGUCGACAGUUUUCAAGGAGCUCCGAGGCAACAGUGACCCGUCUCGGUACAAGGUCAAGUGGAAGUUUGUCGACUGCCCUGUCAAGGGCAACAUCCAGUACUGCACCAAGAGUGGCAGCAGCAACUCAUGGCUAGCGAUUCAACCGGCCAACUUUGCCAAUGGCGUCGCGAGUAUGCGGAUCGCCAACCAGGACGUGACGGUGGUGGACUCGAGCUACUACUUCCUGCUGAACAACGGGGCGAACGUCGACAUUUCGGCUGUGGACGUCGAGCUCACGUCUGUGUCAGGCGAGACGAUCACGGAGAAGUUGUCACUGGCGGCCGACGUGUGCACUGCCGGCACGUCCAACUUUGGAGCGAGUAGUACGCAGAACUUAAUGAGUCCAACGAGUCAAAGGGACUGGACUCAAAGCGGGCGAGUGGACAACCAAACGCCGACAAGUGAUCCGAUAUCAGCUGUAGCUCCGUCUGCUGCGGACAGUGGUGUGUACAGCCAGCAGAAUGAAGUCAGCAACUUCUUUGGCCGUCUGGAUCAAAACACUACUACCAAGUGUGGUGAGAAGUUUGGAGCUGGGAAGGUCAUUGCGGCCGAUGAAUUGAGCAGUGAAGUGUCCAUUUUACAGUCAAGCGAGGAUCGUGUAGAGAGAACAGCAGCAGCCCACUCUCACCAGCAAGAUGUAUGGAACGACACCAUGAAGAUCAACACCAAGUCGAACGAUUUUUCGCCGCACACGAGUCCUGUGCUCGUGUCGUUUGCGGUGUUAGCGGUCGUGGGUGGCAUCGCUUCAGCUGUCGUCGCCUACACUGUCAAGAAGAAGGCGCUGGAUGACAAGCGCGAAGACUUUAAUCGGUCAUUUGACACCUUGAGCUCUCCGGUUAAUAUCGACAUGACCAUUGCAAAGAUUUAA